AUGGAAAAUUGUCUCAAAUGUGAAGACAAUAAAUGGCCAAAUCAGGAGAAAACCUUGUGUAUUGAGAAGCAAAUUGAAUUUCUUUCUUAUUCUGAUGAUCCCUUAACUCUCAUCUUUAUUAUCAUCUCUAUGAUGCUUUUUAUAAUUGCAGCAGUUAUACUGGGAAUUUUUAUUUCAUUCCGAGACACCCCAGUAGUGAGAGCCAAUAAUCACACUCUGAGCUUUAUUCUCCUUGUCUCCAUCAAGCUGAGCUUCCUCUCUGUGUUUCUGUUCCUUGGUCGCCCUGUGAAUAUAACCUGCAUGCUCCGGCAAACCUCCUUUGGGAUCACCUUCUCCAUAGCUGUGUCUUGUGUCUUGGCCAAGACCCUAAUGGUUUGCAUUGCAUUUAAAGCCACCAAGCCUGGGAGUCGCUGGCAAAAAUGGGUUGGGGUAAAACUGGCAGACUGGCUUGUUUUUAUUUGCUCAUUAAUUCAGUUUCUGAUUAGUGUUAUCUGGUUGGUCAUUGCACCCCCUUAUGUGGAGCACAACACACAUUCUGAACCUGGAAAAAUAAUCAUUCAGUGCAAUGAGGGCUCAGCCAUUGGCUUCUAUAUUGUCCUCUCCUACAUGGGACUGUUGGCAUCUGUGAGCUUCAUUGUAGCUUUCUUGGCUCGGAGCUUACCGGACAGUUUUAAUGAGGCCAAGUACAUCACUUUCAGCAUGCUG